AUGCAAACCAACAAAGUUUAUAGAGAGCGUGUUAUUGUAAAUAAUGGACCACACAAAUGGUGGCAUCACCGUCGGUUUAAAAUAAUCGGCAUUUCCGUUAUUGUUUUAAUAGUUUUUGCUCUUAUCCUUGCUCUGUUGUUAAACUUCGUCGUUUUUGCACCGCACAAAUUAGAAACUAGUACCACUCCCGCAACAUCAUUGUCAUCACUAACAACAACAAUAUCAACACCACCAUUAUCAUCAACAAUAACAUCAUUAGUGACAUCGACCACAACUUUACCACAAACAACAACUACGACCACAACUCAGCAGUCAGAAUGGUCUAUUACCAGUAAUAUGAGUAAUGCACGACAAGAACACACAGCAUCUGUAUUAUCAAAUGGAAAAGUAUUAGUUACAGGUGGACUCAAUCACAAUAUUGGUUUUUUGAAUAGUGCUGAACUGUAUGAUCUAUCAACAAGCACUUGGACAACUACUGGCAGUAUGAUUGAUGCACGAGAGCAUCACACAGCAUCUGUAUUAUUAAAUGGAAAAGUAUUAGUUACUGGUGGAGUCAAUGAUAAUGGUCGUUUAAAUAGUGCUGAAUUGUAUGAUCCAUCAAGAGGCAUUUGGACAACUACUGGUAGCAUGACUAAUGCACGAGAUUUGCAUACAACAUCUGUAUUAACAAAUGAGCUAGUAUUAGUUACUGGUGGUGUAAGCAUUGGUAAUAUUUUUUUAUAUAGUGCUGAACUGUAUGAUCCAUCAGCAGGUACCUGGUCAACUACUGGCAAUAUGAGCGAUGCACGACGAGAACAUACAGCAUCUGUAUUAACAAAUGGGAACGUAUUAGUUACUGGUGGAGACAAUGAUAAUAUUGCUUAUAAUAGUGCCGAGCUGUAUGAUCCAUCAACAGGUAACUGGACAUCUACUGGUAACAUGAAUGAUGUACGAGUUUAUCACAUAGCAUCUGUAUUAUCAAAUGGAAAAGUAUUAGUUACUGGUGGAGCAGGCAUUGAAUUUAGUGCUUUAAAUAGUGUUGAAUUGUAUGAUCCAUCAACAGGUAUUUGGACAACCACUGGUAACAUGACUAGUGCACGAGCUUAUCACACAGCAUCUGAAUUAUCAAAUGGACUAGUGUUAGUCACUGGUGGAGCUCACAACGGUGCUCUUAUUAGUGCUGAGCUGUAUGAUCCAUCAACAAGUACUUGGGCAAAUACUGGUAACAUGACCAAUGCACGCGGUCAGCACACAGCAUCUGUAUUAUCAAAUGGACUAGUAUUAGUUACUGGUGGAUACAAUGGUAGAAUUGCUUUAAAUAGUGCAGAAUUAUAUUCAUUAUUUCAAAAAAAUUAA